AGUAAAUUUUAUUUUAAUAUAUUUGCUCAAGUAUAUUAUCUAAAAAGUAAAAUAUGUUGAACCUGAAGAUAUGAUUUUUUUGAACACAAAAUUGUAAAGAUUUUUUUAUGCAAAAUUUGAACAGAUUGGAAAUAUUUGAUUGAGAUGUGAGCGAGCUGGAGGAAGCCAUGAUUGUGGGAGGGUGGCUUUUGCUGUCUGUCGUUGCAGUGACGCAUUUGUUCAGCAUGAAGUUCUAGCACAAUUUGAUAUUUCCUGAAGCUGGUAGCUGUUACGAACAGCAAAAUGAUCGGCGGAUUGUUCGUGUAUAAUCAUAAAGGGGAAGUUUUGAUAUCCCGUGUUUAUCGGGAUGAUAUUGGGCGUAACGCAGUUGAUGCGUUUCGAGUGAAUGUAAUCCAUGCAAGACAGCAAGUGAGGUCGCCUGUUACGAACAUAGCUCGUACAUCGUUUUUUCAUAUUAAGAGAGCAAACAUUUGGUUAGCAGCUGUAACAAAACAAAAUGUUAAUGCUGCCAUGGUAUUUGAAUUUCUUCUGAAGAUAAUUGAUGUUAUGCAGUCAUACUUUGGUAAAAUUUCAGAAGAAAAUAUCAAGAACAAUUUUGUGUUAAUUUAUGAACUGCUUGAUGAAAUCCUAGAUUUUGGUUAUCCACAAAAUUCAGACACUGGCGUGUUGAAGACCUUUAUUACCCAACAAGGAAUAAAAUCUCAAACAAAGGAGGAACAAGCACAGAUUACAUCUCAAGUUACAGGUCAAGUGCUCUCUGCUCAUGUGGCUGGAAAAGUUGUGAUGAAAUCCUAUCUGUCUGGCAUGCCAGAAUGCAAAUUUGGAAUUAAUGACAAGAUUGUAAUGGAAGCAAAGGGCAAAGGUUUGAGUGGUGGUGGGGACGACCCAGCUCGCUCCGGAAAACCUGUUGUUGUCAUUGAUGAUUGCCAGUUUCAUCAGUGUGUCAAGCUUUCAAAAUUUGAGACAGAACAUUCUAUCAGUUUUAUACCCCCAGAUGGUGAAUUUGAGCUUAUGAGGUAUCGUACUACUAAAGAUAUCUCUCUUCCUUUCCGUGUUAUUCCAUUGGUUCGGGAAGUGGGACGCACAAAAAUGGAAGUGAAAGUAGUUCUUAAAUCGAAUUUUAAGCCUUCAUUGUUGGGUCAGAAAAUAGAAGUAAAGAUUCCAACUCCAUUAAACACUUCUGGUGUCCAACUGAUAUGUAUGAAAGGCAAAGCUAAAUACAAAGCUUCAGAAAAUGCUAUUGUAUGGAAGUUCCGUUUGCUCCUUCUGGCUUCAAAGUCCGGUAUUUGAAGGUUUUUGAGCCAAAGCUGAAUUACUCUGACCACGACGUUAUCAAAUGGGUUCGUUAUAUUGGACGAAGUGGCCUUUAUGAAACACGGUGCUGAAGAUGAAUAAGUGUCAAGUGAAUAUGUAUACAAGCAUAAUUGUAUUGUCUUAAAAUAUCAUAAUUGUGUAAUACUCUAGAAAAUGAUUCAUUCCAAGUGUAGAGGAUGACUAUUAGUGUACAGUAUAUAAAAUAAAAAUGCCAAAUCUGUAUAUGUUGCAAUAAUUGAAGCUUUUGUUGGAAUUACAUUAUUCAGUUAAGUUUGAAGAAUUUAUAAUCUUAAGAAAGAAUGAUAUUAUAAAUUUCAGAUCAAAAGUGAAUUGUCUGCAUUGUGUGUAAUGAAAAUAUAUUUACAAUGCAAUUAUCCUAGAACUUUGAGUAAAGUUCCAAUGGGAGAAAUACUCUCAAGAAAAUAAUCUCAUGUAUGUGAGCUUAAUGUUGUCUUGAUAGUGUUUGGGUAGCUGAUGUAUAAUCUUUAGUGUGAUCUUGUAUGAAAUACUGUAAUGAAAUGAUUGACAAUGAAUGGAAAGUUGUAAC